UGCAGUCUGAGAAAAGAGACCCUCUGUAAUCUAAAAUUAGCUUUUCAGAGUUGUGAGUUUCUGGGGAGGAAGGAAGAGCUGGUUUUACACAGACUAUACCAGAAGGUGUGAGUUCUUGUGCGUCAAACGGCAGCAGGAACUGGUGAGUGCGACUGCCCGAGAAGUCACAUGGAACAACAGCCAAAGACAACAGCCCUCAUCAGCGUGUGAAUGAAAGUCCGAUGGAACCUCUGCAAACCUUGCCAGUCUGGAGCUCUUUUCUAGCCAAGAUGCCAUUUUACGGAUGUCUCUAUCCAAUGAACUUCUUUGUGGGCCCAAAGAGGGAUCUGCCGAAAAUACUUCUGUGUUUCUUGACGCUACUUGUGGAUCAUUUGGGAUAUGGAGCUGAUGCAUCCUUGAGGAACCGGGCUCUUGCGCGCAUGAGGAGUUCACGUUUAAUUGAUGGACACAAUGACCUGCCCCUGAAGCUGAGAUGGUUCUAUCAAAACAAGCUGAGUAAAAUUGACCUAAGGACACUCAACACCACAGCCACAAAUAUCGAGAAACUCACCACUGGCCAUGUUGGUGCUCAGUUUUGGUCAGUGUAUAUUCUCUGCAGCGCUCAGAACAAAGAUGCUGUGCGCCUGACGCUGGAGCAGAUUGAUGUUGUCAAGCGGAUGUGUGAAUCCUAUGAGGAAUUUGAGAUGGUGACAACUACUCAUGGCAUUGAAAACAUUCCAAAAAAUAAGAUUGCAUGCUUGAUCGGCAUCGAAGGGGGUCACGCCAUUGACAACAGUCUUGCGGCUCUGCGGAUGUAUUACGACCUGGGCGUUCGGUACAUGGGGCUGACACACACCUGCAACACACCCUGGGCAGAAACGUCAUCAAAACAAGUGCACAAUUUCUAUCCUGGCACGAAAGGCUUGACCGCUUUUGGCAAAGAAGUGGUAAAGGAGAUGAAUCGCAUGGGGAUGAUGAUAGACCUGUCGCACGCUUCGGAUGCAACAGCCAGGGCAGCCCUCAGCACCUCCAAAGCGCCGGUCAUUUUCAGCCAUUCCUCCGCCUUCUCGGUCUGCAACCAUUCACGCAACGUCCCUGAUGAUAUUCUACAACGUCUGAAAAAGAAUAAAGGGAUUAUCAUGGUGUCGCUCUCAACUACAAUGCUGGCCUGUGGUGACCAAACUGUGAGCAUUUCCUCAGUCGCAGAUCACUUUGACCACAUAAAGAAAAUUGCAGGUUUCAAAUCAAUAGGAAUUGGCGGUGACUAUGAAGGAGCAAAGAACUUCCCAGAGGGGCUGGAAGAUGUUUCAAAAUACCCAGCUUUGAUUGAGGAACUGCUGAGGAGACGCUGGACCGAUUCGGAAGUGCGUGGUGUUCUGAGAGACAACAUUCUGCGUGUUUUCAGAGCGGUAGAAAAUAUGCGGCACAAAAGAUCAUCAGAGAGGGCGAGUGAAAAGGAGAUUCCCCCCGGGAAGAUCAUGCAUUCCUGUCGCUUAGACCUGAAGAAGGUUCCUGUGCCGACCAUCAGGUCCUACGCAGCGCCUUCCUGGGGACAGCUGAGCAGUCUAGUGGUCACUUUGGGGAUGUUUGUCGUAUCACACUGAGAUCAUCUCACGCAACAGAGUCAUGGCUCUACCCGCCUAUUAUACACCUGCUGAGAAGUUCCAAUAUGAAAACUGGAUGCUGCCAUCUGCCGAAACCGCUGCGCCUACUUCUUAAUUUUAACACUGAAAAGGAGAGACUGUAGCACCGUCCACACGACAUGAGUACAUAUGGGGAACCUGCACAGAAGGGGAACAGGAUCAGAUGUUCUCCACACACACACACCAGCC